AUGGAUCACCCUAACCCAAGUGACGUUUCUGCAAAUCAACUGUGGCAUUUGGGUGCGCGGGUGGAGUGUAAACAAAAGUCCACAGUCAGUGCAUGUGAGGUUGCGAAAUUUUGGUCAAAAUUUGUGAUCUUCUCCAUAUCUACAUCCGCCGCAGCAAUGGAUCAUCCUCGACCGUGCGGUUGCAAAGGGCGUCGGACCUGCCUCAGCUGCGAGAAGGAUUUCGAAAUAGAACGAGUGGAUUUUCUUAAGCUGUUUAAGCAGGAUUGUGAAGCUUAUUCCUUCUGUCCCCGGUGCAAUAAGAUCUACCCAGGAUGGGACACGGCUAAAGUAAUGGCUGAGCAUGAUCAGAGUCAUGGUGGUGAUCCGGGAGAAGACUACCCCGGAGUGUACAUUGAUCUGGACUUUCUGUCCGAGUCGGAGGAAGCGGAACUGAUGAAGGGUAUAGAUGAGAUGCCUUGGGAUAUGUCCCAGAGCGGCCGUCGGAAGCAAAACUUUGGUCCCAAGACCAAUUUCAAGAAAACUAAGAUCAGAGCGGGAAACUUUGAUGGAUUCCCUAAGUUUUCGGAAUGUGUGCAGCGGAAGUUCGAUCAAGUCCCACUGAUGCGAGGAUUUCAAUCGAUAGAGCAGUGCUCGCUGGAGUACACCCCGGAAAGGGGAGCUUCUAUCGAUCCGCAUAUUGACGAUUGCUGGAUCUGGGGCGAAAGGAUCGUUACGGUGAACUUUUUAAGCGAUUCGGUGUUGACUAUGUCCAGGUAUCGAAAGGAAGAUGGAAAGAAUCGAUACAAUUUAGAUUUUGUCGAUCGGUACAGAGAUAAACUGAUCAGUGAUCUAGUGGACGAGGCCGCAAUGGACCGGUUUGAUGACCGGAUAGUUAGAAUUCCGAUGCCGAGGCGUUCGCUUCUGAUUCUUUAUGGACCGCCAAGAUACCAGUGGGAACACUCAGUCUUACGUGAGGAUAUAGUAGAUCGUAGGGUUUGUUUGGCUUAUCGGGAAUUCACUCCCAUGUAUUUGGAAGAUGGCAGCGAGUACAACAAGAGUGAAGAAAUUUUCCGAUUAGCUAAAAACUUUUGGAACCAUUCGGAGGUAUACAGUAGUAGUUGAAUAAACCAUGUUUUGUUAUAUCUUAACCUUA